AUGUGCCCCAUAACUCCCAUUGAGCUACUGUCCACGAUUAUCCUCGAAAAGCGAAAAUUACGGCCCUCGACGAAGCGGAAAAAGUAUCGCAAAUAG